AUGUUUUCGUAUCUUUCUCGAGGUUAUGGCACAUGGGAAGGCAUUGCAAAAUCGGAAAAGCCAGAUUCGGCCAUUUCACCGGUGAGUAUUUAUGUUCCAACUUCAGAUAAUACACCUGAUUUUCUAGCUUUGCUUUUAUAGAAAUAUUCUUAGUGUGUGAAUGUUUUGCUUGACUAAAAGACGAACGUAGAUGUAUAGUUUAGAAUAAGACAGUUUAGUUUGGAUACGGACACAAUUAAAUAAUUUAUCACACAUUAAUUGUUUCUAUGUACUCAGUCAAAACAAACGGCAUGAAUGUUUAUGUUGACUUUUGCCCAGCAGGGAGAAUAUAAUAUUGAAAGAUAUAGCACGAGCAGACAAUACUGAAAUAAACACUCCAUUAUUCGGUGGGAUAUUAAACAAAUUUCUCCCCUCCACAGAUAUCUCUCUGUUUAUGUACUAUAUUUAUAAAUUCUAUCUACAAAAAUUUCCAUGGACAGAAAAUUUUCCGAAAAUGUUGAAAAUUUUCAACCCCCCCAAUAUUUUUUUCGAUGUAAAAUUUGUGUCAAUCACAUUUUACAAAUUUUCUUUCUGCUGAAAAUUUCCUGAGUGGAAAUGGGCCUUGGGACACUGGCAUCACCAACCAUAUAUAUAGCAGAAUUUGUGGUUUAAAUAAUGCUUGUCAAGACAUCAACUGGACGAGCUGUAGCUCAGUUGGUUAGAGUGCUGCACCAGAAUCAUUGCUAACUUAAGUAUCCCCCGGGAAACAGGGAUAUUUAGUUGAAAACAAAGGAUUUCUUUGUCUUCUAAUUUUCCCCUGCAUGCUUGAUGAGGGAUAUUUAGAAGACAAAAGCAUACCUCAUUACCUCUGAUUGGAGAGCUGUACCUCAUCGAAAAUCAUCGGCACAACUAUGGACAGUAUCUGACAACACCGUCCCGUACACAUUCGAACAAUCACUUUGCCAGCUUUUAUUCCGCAAUCUUGAACAUUUCAAUUGUGGGAGAAAAUUCCGUUUAUGCGCAUGCCUAAAAAGAAUGAACACGGAGAUGUGUUUCUGCGCGUGUGUAUAUAUGAAAAGUGUUCGUACCACAAUCAUAAGACAAUCAAACAGCAUUCAAAACAGGCAACACACCACACGCGAUUCCCUCGGCUACCAUGUAUUUACAAACUAAAUGCAUGCUUUGAGGGAAAUUAGUGAUUAAAUGUCCCCGCAACCCUCGGGAGGUUUUCACUAAACCUCCCUCGGUUUGCGGGGACAUUUAAUCACUAAUUUCCCUCAAAGCAUGCGUUAACUUAUAAUUAUUACUCUUAUUUUCUAUGAAGAAUCGUGGAACGUAUGACAUUCUGCCACCAAUAACAAAGGACCCCUAUCGUUUCCAUGAUCAACAUUUUGACCAUGAUGGACUGUAUCACAUCCCACAAGAGGAAUUCAAACUUCCAGAAGUACCAAAGAACUCUCUUCACAUUCCAAAAACAUACUCGACCAAGCGAGGAGCCCUGUUGCUUUACUCUGAGGGAUGUUCUGUGCCGGGCUCGAGAAGAUUAAAGAAAAGACCGCGGUUUAAAAGACAGAAGGAGGAAAGACUUCAAACUUUGAAAGAUCUCAUGGAACUCAUUAUGGAUUACAAGAAAAAUGGGGUAAUUAGACUUAGUAUGUUUCUUUGAUAUGGUGCUUAAGGGGCCAGUGCACCCCUUCCCCUAGGAAAUAUUUUCCUAUUUCCCCACUGUAAAAUCAUUGAGCAUCUCUCUUAAAAAUACAGUCCUUGGAAAUCUCAAAAUCUUACCCCCCCCCCUCCCCCCAGAAAACCUUCACUUUCCCUGUUGUACCCAUGUGAUCAAACUAUAAACCUCAUAUAACUUUGUUUCAUUUUAUUUUUCAGUGCGACCCUUUGUUGCUGGAACAACUGUGGCGACACAUGAGUGGCAAUGCCAGAGACGUUCAACCCGGUUACUCGCCCAAGCGAUAUCUCAGUCACCUAAGCCACACAACAUUUGACCCCGACUCUUGGAAAAAGCUUGUUGAGACCGGUUCACUAAAAAGCUUCGGCACCACCGAUGAUGGCUUUCUACCAUCCUUGUUAGCGGAUAAGUAUGGUAACCCCCUAAACCACAGACCAGCACCAUACAAAACCAUGUCGCUACCUCCUGUUUCACCAUCAAGCUCAAUGGUGGGGUCGUUUACAUUCUACAACCAUGCUCUCUCGACCGGCGCUGCGUCAAUGGUCUCGCUACCCUCUGUGAACUCAGAGACUAUAGAUGACCAACUCUCAGCAAGAACUGUGGGAACUUUUGUUGAAUCUCUAGCAGAAAGAUUAGCUGAGGUAAUGUGUAUGAUAAUAAAACUAAUAUCUAUAAAUAAAUGUCUCUUCAUGUCGAAUAUUUACCCAUACUGCUUACAUUGGCAACACCUUAGUAUACUUAUACACUAACUUGUGGUUAGCGCUCAACAACUGGCCUCUGUAACUCAGUUGGUUAGAGCGCUGUGCAACCAGAAUUUCAGAGCCACAGUUUCGAUCCUGCCAGUUGGAUUAUAGUUUCAUUUUUUGCAACAGUGCACCUGGUUACAGUAGGUCUAAUAAAUAUGUAAAAUUGACACUCGAAAACUUAAAUAUAGAUAUCACUGUUACAUAUAUCAACACUACAUGUAUAAUCACUGCAAUUGACUCCAACAUUCCUUAAGGCAGAUUUCCAUUCAGUGCAAAAUGUCGCACAUGAUAGAUUUUUUGCGAUCGCCUUCUUUUGAAUUGUGUGCAGUCAACUACAGCUAAUGAGAUUUGUUCCGCUUGACUGUUUGUAUUUCAAAAGAAAGCGAUCGCAAAAAGUCAAUCGCGCAACAUUUUGUACCAUACGGAAAUCCGUCUUUAGUCCCAUCUCAUCCCAUCAGUCCAAUUGUAUUUAAUUUGAUUAGGUUCAGCACAUGAAACGCGGUUCGCCGUCUAAACCGGCCUAACUCAUUUUCUCGGCUUCAUUUGUACAGGUUGAAUCAGAAUCUGGCUUUAAGAAAGACUACGAAACCUUAUCUGCCAAAGAGAAGGAAGAGCUCUUGACGCAAUUACUAAUGGAUGUUACUUUACACAACCAAGGAGAUGUUAUCACAGUACCCACACAAACCAUAGCAGAGUCAUCAACUGUAAACACAGAUAUUUCCUACCUUAGCGAUACUAAAAGAUCAGAAUCUCAUGAAUCGCCAGAGAGCUACCAUUCCAUCAAAACACUCCCCACUCAGAAAACUAAGUCGACAGCUAGUAACAAAAGCACUACAUCUCUUCUAAGUGACAAAAGUUUGAGAUCCGGUCGGAGGCCAAAAUCAGCUGGUAGUUCAAAAAGUUCAAAAUCUGUUCCAAGUAGAACCACAUCCGUAUGUUCAUUGCCACCAAUAGUUACCAAAGAUGCAGUUGAUUUGGAAAACAGAAGUAAAAGUGCUAGUUUAGCAAGUUCUCGUUCUGGCCUGAGUCUUGUUAUUGAUAAUUUCGAGGUUGGAUUGAAUGGAAUUGAUAUAGAAAUUGAUGACGACUCGUUUCAUUUAGGCAAGUUAUUUCAUGAUAUAUUUCUUAUGUAUUCUGUUUUGCAAACUUUCUAAUGUUAUGGCUUAUCUUUGCCACAUGUAAAAGUGAACUUGAAAUUUUGCAUAUUAAGUAACAUGGUACUUUAAUACUAAGGCAAAUUAAUCUAAAUGCUCAAAUUUUCGGCUGCAAAGUCAAAAUCAGAGUUGCCAUCAUACACAGUCUUAUUAAUUAAUGCCUAACCUCUAAGAAAAUGUCAGUUGAUAGCUUGCAACAAAAAUGCCAUGCAAAAAAUUUUUUGGCACAUUUUUAGGUAUUGGCCAAUGGCAAUGGCCAGCUGUCGAAUGUGAAUUGGGCAGCACAUGAAACUGGGAAAAAAUCUGAAAUCCAUACUAUGAAAUUUGCAAUUGCACCACUAAAUCCAUAGUAUAUCUAUAUUCUUUCGAUACUAUAUAGUAUAUCCAUAGUAUGGAAAUAUACAAUUGUUAUGGAUAAUCAAAAUCCAUUUUAUUUCCAAUAAAGGUCCAUACAAUUUCCAUUCUAUGUCCUUCUAUGGAUUUUCAACUUUUUUCCAGUGUGACAUAUUAAACCAUGCGUUCAAGGGCUGUUGCACUAUUCAAUUUGUCUCGCAACUUGUCUUGCAAUUUUGUUGCGACACAAGUUGCAGCGAAAUUGCAAGGUGUAUCAUGCCUCGCAAUCAACAAGUCUAUCAAACAAGCAAUAUUUUUGUUGUAACAACCAGUGCACGAAGUAGAAUCAGGUUCUACUUUUUGCAACGAUUGCGGCAACGCUGCGACGCACUUUUAAAGCAUUGCACAGUGUAACAUCUCUCUUGCAACUAGUCUCGCAAUGUUUAUACACUGAAUGGCUUCCUAUUGGCUUUUGACUGUCAAUCUGGCGCCAAACGUUAGCGCUCGCGAUUUUUAUACUAUGAUCAUUGCAAGUUGUAUGGAACAUAUUGCUUGGUGUAAAAUCCCUUGCAAUGCAAUGCUAAAAUCGUCUUUCUUAACAUUGCGAGACAAGUUGCUUGUAACAGCGCCUUUAGCCGAUUUAGUCUAUUUCUUUCGUAUUUUUUAAUGUUUUUUCCUAACCAUACUUUCAUUAAUUUUCAUCAGAAGACACUGACAUUGGUUUGGAGAGAAAAGACUCUGAAACAAGAUCAUUAAGAAAUCGGAGAACGUCUUCCACACAUUCACUUAUUGAUGCCCUUAGUAUACAAAAUGGAGAGUCUAUACACCAGCUUACAGAUGAAACCAAAAGUUUGAAGUCCUUGGGAAGUUCCGAUGGUGUGGUGCAUAAGAGUGGAAGCAUCGAUGAGAAUUUGAAGGAUGGUGGUGUUAGUGGUGAAAGCAAGAUUACAGAUGGUGGUUUGGCAAAUGGUAUGGUACAUGGUGAUGGUGGUAUUCUUGGUGAUGAUGAUUUUGGUGAUGGUGGUGCUGGUUUUGGUGUUAUUAGUGAUGGUGAUGAUGGUACAUAUGGUGAUGGUCAUCCUUACAGUGAGGAUGAUGGUGAUGGUCCUAACAUUAGUAUAACUAGUGAUACAAAGGAUCCCCAUGGUGAUGGUCAUCCAGAUUACCAUCAUGAAAGUACCAAACAGGCCAUGCCCACCAUUGAUGUGGUACCAGCGACAGAACCCCAAGUACCACACAUGAGUCUAAGCAGUCUUCAGGACGAAGUAAGAUUGGUAGCUACAGAAGUGUUAUCAAGACCUAAGUCAGGACGGAUAUUGGCUGCGGAUGCAGAAAUGGCGACAUUCUUACUUCUGGAGAGAAUGCAAGGAUUAUUAGAACCUCGUCUCGCAGGUGAGCUGCCCUGUCUCAUUGAGUGAUAUCUCAAACGUGGGAUCUAAUGUAGCACAGUGAUUGUUAAUAGCAUUCUACAAUAAGCUGCCGUACUUUUUCUAUAGGCCAUGUUAAGCUGUGAGCAUGGUUCAUAGUUUACUCUUUUUUCAUCCUAUUUCUUUCAUUUUUCAUCUAUUAAGAAUAUGUUAUGUACAGGCAGAGUAGAAUGUGGGCCAUGCUCUGUGACUAUCUUAGAUAACACGACUCUGUAUCCAACAUUGUGUUGCAAGUUGCGGUAAAAAUUGUCUCCAUUUUCCACUAGGUGAAUUUGUUCGCCCGAAGCGAAAAACAAAUCUUGGCAAUGUGAUCGGUCAGCGAAAAAAUUCGCCAUGAAAAAGUUGCGAUGAGUUCCUACUUUUUUACUGUUCGCGAGAAACAAAUUCGCCUAGUGGAAAUGGGCUUAACAUGGUCUUUACAUUUGAAAGAGACGUGUCGUAGAGUUCUUCGUGCCCCGUUGAUAUCUAUAGUCGCUUUUAAAACUAUUGGUUUUCCGCUAGCCAGCCAUACCACCGCCGUAAACUACUGUAAUGUUUUGUUUAAACUUUAGUCUAAAACGUGAUAUAUCUGUCUGUCAAUAAGAGCUCCUGUUUGUUGCUAUUUCAUGUUCAGAGUUUCACAGAAAUAUAAAAAUACCCUGUGCUUUACGCUAGAUGGCUAAGAAUUAAGAAAUAUCAAACAAUUACACGUCUUAAGUUUUGCAAGUUAGACUUAAAAUGUUUGUAUCAUAGUUUUGUGAUUCAUCUCUAUUAUUUUUGUUUGUGUAGCCGAAAAUGUCCAUGCAAGCUCGGCUGCUCCGAAGAAAGUACGUCCUCUGGGUCGACCCAGGAACAGCGUAGUCAAGGAGAAGAGAAGAGUGAGAUCGGCUGAGGCUACCAUGGCUUCAAGAAGUCUUGUUGAGUCGGAGAAAAAACAUGUUCAACAAGCUUUUAAGCCUGAGGAAAAACAACUUGAUCAAGUUUCUGUACCUGAGGAAAAACAGGUCGAUCAAGUUUCUAUACCUGAGGAAAAACAGGUCGAUCAAGUUUCUAUACCUGAGGAAAAACAGGUUGAACAAGUUUCUAAGCCUGAGGAAAAACAAGUUGAUCAAGUUUCUAAGCCCGCAGAAAAACAAGUUGAUCAAGUUUCUAGUGAAGUGCAAAAACCACAGGGAGAAGUUGACACUUUGAGUAAAACUGAGGAAAAUGAUGUCAAUCUUGGUAAGUUGAAAUGGCAACUACAGGCCACUCUUUGUAUGUCUUCGUUUCGUUGCCUGAUUUCCAGUAAGAAAUAGAAAUCGUGUUUCCAUAAAAUUACAAUAUGUCAAACAUAGUGUACAGGAUGUAUUUUACAAUAACCCACCGUAGGCCACUGGAAAAUUGGAUUCCUAUACUAUUUUCUACUGAGACCUAUACUACCAUAGUAUAAGGAUUUUGAAAAAAUUUCCAGUAAGCCCUAUAGUCAAUUUCUGAACGACUUGAAAAUUUAAAUAUUGUCGAUUAAUCAUGUGAGGGAUCAGGAAAAAUACUGCAGGUUCAUUUUAACCACUCACCCCAUGAAUAGCCUGAUAGACAUAUCACUGUUACACCGGUACUUUUUUAACAGCUUGGUCGACCUGGAGACCGCGAAUUAUCACCUGGACCUCUAGAUAGAACAGUUUAGAACAUAUACGGCUGGCCAGUAUAAAUAAAGUUAGUUUGGUUUUAGUUUACCCCAGCAGUAUACAGCAGGUGGAAACGUUUGAGGUUUUCGUCUUUUCGAGAAAUAUCACCAAGCUUGCGAGUUGCACGUUAUAAAGAAAACAUUUUCUUAGGCUGUUCAUGGCGUCUAAAUUCAAAAGUAGCCAUAGGACGGUUGAAACUUAAGUUCAGUUGAGUUCAUUUCAGCUUGAUGAAACCGCCUAGCUAAAUGCUUGCUUAAAAGAGACUUCAGUACAAACUGACCAAUCCUAUUCCUUUUCACACAGAUGACGUCACUGUUACCGUGGACACUGAACCAGGUAAAGAUAGUGGAACCCAGUCUCCUCAAACCUCGACUACCCCGUCACCAGGAGGCGAAUUAUUAUUGACUGUGAAAGACUUGCAACCAGAUAAAAAGCAAGAGGAAGAAACGAAAACAGAUGUUCCCGCAGUGAAAGAAACGAAAGAAAAUGUACACAAAGGAGGAAAGGUGAAAAAAGGGGGAAAUGCGAAACGUGUUGUAAAUAAAGUGAAAAAGAAAAAGUCUGUUGUGCGCAGGACUCCCCCAUUCCAUGCGGGUUUAGUGCCCGAAACUAAACCACCCAAAGGGCUGGCCCGAAAAAAGGGCGAGGUUCGCAAAAAGGGAAAUGGUAAACAAGCAAGCCCGGAUUUGCAGGAAAAGACUGAACUUAAAACUACAGAACCUGUUACAAAUUCCGACCUUCCACCCCCCGGAAUUCCGGUUCGGGUAGAUUCAGAGACGGGGGAGGUAGAACAUAGGGUUUCUCCGGCAAGAUCUGAAAAGUCACUUUCUCGUACUGGGAAUAAAACUCCCCCUGAUGAGAAAAUUUCAGUUGCCCGUGAGGACGAGGUUUCUGUGCGUGCUGAAACCGUUUCACCGCGUGCUCAAAGUAAAUCACCGCGUGCUGAAAGUUAUUCCCCACGUGAGAAAUCGCCGCCCGAGAAAACGCCUUCACCACGUGAUAAAACUCCUUCGCCACGUGAACAAAAAGCUUGUCCACGUGACAGAGACGCAGUGUUUCGUGAGAGCGUAAAUACAAACCUUGACAACGUAAAUACAAACGUGGUAACGGACACAGUAGAGGCGCCCGCACGAGAACCCUCGCCAGAGAUCGUGUUAACCGAGAAACAACGCAGAGCAAAUGCUCGGGUAGCACAACGAGCGGCGGCCGCCGAACGCCGACGACAGGACGUCGAAAGGAAACGACGGGAGCGCGAAGAAGCACGAAGACGAGCACAAGAAGAGGACGCUCGGUUAGACGUCCUAAGGCAAGAAGCUGAUGAAGAAAUGAAGAAACGAGAAGAGGAACGAAG